AAAACAGAAAAAACUGGUUUUGUUUUCGAUAUUUUAAUAAAUUUUCCAAGGAAAAAAAAAAAGAAAAAUAGAAAAUGAGAACGGUAGUCGGCGAGAAGAGAGAGAAAGAACGAGAAAAUAAAGGAAAAUUUUGAUAUGGGUUGCCAUCUUUUCGGCUUAUAAAUUUGGGUUUCAGUGACGGUUUCGUUCUGUGUGCUUUUCAUUCACGUGUCUCUCUUUCUCCAUUCUUUUUCAAUAUUUUGGUCUUUAUUAUCCUGUGUGUAUAUAUACACAUACAUAUAUACAUAUCUUUUCUUUCUUCCUUUCCCGUGCUUUCUUCUGUUUGUUUCUCAGUAAAAGGAAAACUAAAUCUUAUCGCCGUUUCUUUCCUUUCAAGUCUUCUUUGACGGUGGGGUUUUUGGUUUUUCGGUCAUUCCCAUCUCAUACGUGUGUGUGUUUAUGUAGUUGUAUUGUAUGGUUUUCAUUCUGUGCUUAAGCAGUUAAAAGGGUAUUGAUAAUAGUUAUAAAGAGGUUUGAUUAAGUAUCUAUAGAGAGAAAAUGGAUGGGAAGAAGCAAGUGGAUUCAUCUUCUUCCUUCACUUCUGAGCUGUUUGGGUCCAAAGAAUCUUCUCCUUCUUCUGGGAUUUUCGGGUCUAUCUUUGCACCAUCUUCAAAGGUUUUAGGUAGAGAAUCUGCGCGUUCUGAAGUACCAGUGAGAAGGCAUAGUUCCUUCACUGAAUCAUACACCACCAAACAUGGAUAUUCAGAUGAUGCAUCCAAAAGCAAAGCAACAGAGAACCAAAUUCAGCAAAACACAGACACCGGCUCCAUUUAUCAGGAUCAACGAAUGCAACCAUGUCAUCUAAGCUCAUCAAUCUAUUAUGGUGGUCAAGACGUCUACUGUAAUCCCCAUAGCACACCAAGCUCGACGUACAAGAAAGAUGGUGCUGAAGAUGAUUCAGGUAGCGCCUCACGGGGGAACUGGUGGCAAGGUGGUCUUUACUAUUAGAUGGCCAGGAGCUCUGUUUUCGGAGCUACACCAAGGCAAAGUAGGAUAAUAUUAUAGCAGAAGGUUCUAUAUGAAGAUAGAUGAUAGUAGUUGGAUCGGUGGUACGAGCUUGUUGUUUGUCACCCCUCCCAACAGCAUAACCUUUAUAUGAAUUAAUUAUCAAUAAAUGUCUGUUUUCUUCUUUUUUUUUUUUAUUAUUUUUCUGUAAAGGGAUGUUGAACUUAAAUGUUUCCUGUAUAGUUUUAUGGCUAAGAAGACUUUUUUUUCCUCUUUUAUUGCCUUAUAUGUUGAAACUCGGAAUUGGUUUUUUAUAUGGUGUGGCUCAACUUUUUUCUAUGGAAAUUUUUUAUUUGUGUGCUUC